GAGAUUUGAGGUGUCAUACUACGGAGCCGGACAUUCAAAUGUUACAUUUAUGCAGGGAGUCGAUCUGAAAUCGAUAUCGAUAUUUUGAAGCAAAUAAAAGCAAGCCACCAACAACUGCAAAAACAUUUCUCUUUCUCCAAUUUUUCAACACGCCUCGCAGCACGCCUAGCGUUCUGCCGCUGUUUCGUUCAUGGCUCGAGGUACACAGGCAUCCCCACGAGAUGGCUACGCGAAAUCAAGCGCUAAAGAGGCAACAGAAAUCGUCUUGGCUGCGCGCAAGACGUGGAAGUUAAUGAGGUCGAAGAGGGAGAAGGUCUGGCCUCCCUUAAUCGAGGCGACUCUUAUCGAAGCACUGCAGAAGUAUCGACCGCAGUCUGUGACGGAUAUUCAGUUGCUCCAGCGAUUUCCCAAGCGUAACUGCUGGAUAUCGAAAUAUAUCAAGCGACGUACAGGACACGACAGGUCACCCAAGCAGGUUGGCAGCCGGCUUCAGCAACUCAGAGACUCGUGUCGUGAUGAACGUAUUUUGCAACUUCUCAGCCGCAAGCAGUACGACGACAAUGACGACAAUGACAGUGUUACAUCAUGUUCGACAUCCUUGGACUCGUUCGGUUCAACCCCGCCCUCGGAGUCGACUGGGAGCCCUCACAGUUCGAGCCCUAUAUCAGUACCAUCUCCUGGUACAGACACAGAGGUUUACACGAACGACGUGUCUGCCCUGGAGGCGAAAAGGCACACUCUCGUUCGUAUUGAGCUCACAAGCCCUCUUUCGCACUUUAUCUGCUCUCCGAUUUCCUUCGAUACAAUAUCUUCUGAUCGAGAGAUUGGGCCGACAAUCGUCUGCGUCGACCUGAAACUCGCCUCUUUAGUCACCACCCUUUUUUCGUGGAAGAAUCCUAUGAUCUCUCUACAUAGCGCGCGCGUUCUUGAUGUAACUGAACAUCACUGUCUGUUCAAAGUGUUUCUUGAUGGCAUGAUGGUGCAUUUGGACCGAACUGAGAUAGGCCUUCAGUCUACAUUAGCACAAACUCGGAACGGGACCACCCGGCAGAUGUAUCUUUACGAGACGAAAUUUCUUCCGAAAUACUGGACUGAGUGUUUUUCAUCUGUUGACCUGGCGUGUUGUGAAGUUCACCAGUGUCUAAUUAAACGUCGACUCAUCAGCGAUAAUGAUACGGAUUUCUUGUCUCUGAAGGAACAUCACGAAGACGAAGUUGUGCACACUGUGCGAUACACAUUCGUUGACCUUCGAUCAACUCCACCAUCCACACCAUCCGACGAGCCUGUGGAGUUGUGGAAACCACCUUUGGAAGAAACUUCGUAUGAAUCUCCUCUGAACGGAAGUGUCACGCAUGCUUCGGAUGCGCUGGGCCUGGAUGCGCCUGCCGUUCAUCCAAAAGCAGAAUCUUCCAGGGACGGCAGAGCCCAUUUUCCAGUCAAAGAGGAGUCCCAUACGCCUCCCUCUGAGUUUUCCCCUUUGUCCCAGGAUUUAUCAAAUGGCAUGCCCGAACCUCCAGUCCAGAGUACACAAUGUCUUUAUGAGCUUGCAGAUCACACACAACCUACGACAUACGAGUUUGAUUUCAGUAUUACUUCGUCCUCUGCGAACGACAUGCCUGCGUUGGUUUACCCCUCUGCGUACACCGCCACAACUUUUACCCCGCAAUGUAAUCAUCCGUUGACAAUCUCGUCAACGGAGUGGCUACAACAGGGUCAGUGGACGGCCCAGGGAUACCGACCGCAGCAUCCGGAAACUAUGUCGAGCCCUCACAACAAGCGAUAUGCAUAUUUCUGGGAGCAACCUAUCUCAUACGCUCAUAUCUCAUCAUAUCUUGGACAGGCCGAUCCCCUGAGUUACAAUUCUACAGCUUCUGAAACUCAGGAAACUCAAGAACCGUAUGCCUAUGCGCAACCUGAUUAUAUGAUGACUCCUGUGGGUUCAGCGCAUUCGGACUAUGCGAAUGACCUGUAUCAGAGACAGGACGAUCGCAAAAUGCGCGAAGGCCCGUGCGUUGUUUAUGAAAACGUCUCCCACUCUCCUUGCAGUGACUCGAGCUCCGAACUCGCAUACGCUCCGGAAACUCUGAUGACCAAGUCGACCUACUCACAUUUGCCUCCACCGCCAUACGUCUGUGCCCCAAACAACGAGAAUGGUUACCAGAUGUGUUCUUCAACUCAGGUUUGGAGUUAGAUCGUCUCUGAAACGAGCUCAACUGUGAUUUUACCGAAUUGACCUUGACUUUACAUGCACGCUUAUGAUCCAACAUCAUGAAUACCGAUAUGUAAUUCACAUUUUACAUUAUUUCUCUUUUUUAAUAUCGUCACGAACGUGUUACAGACCUACUCGUAACUCCAUGCCCUCUUUUCAGGAAACAUAUUACUAUUAUAUAUGUCGCGUUUAACUCCUGUAUCACAAACAUAGUAUGCCCACUACUAAUAGUCAUAUCUCUUGUAUUUAGCUUGCAUUAGUAUUUACUGUAGUCUGCAGUCCUGGUCCAAAAUGUGCACCCACCUUCAUUUUAGCGAAAUGGUAUCUUUUUGCGU